CCAAGAGAGAAACAAAGAAGAUCAAACCUUUUCAAGAAGUUAUCAAGUAGGGGACCUUUUCUUGUUACUCCAUUUAAAGGGGAUAUACAAGAAAAAAUGUCGAACUACACAAACUCACCCUGUGCAGCAUGCAAAUUCCUCCGGCGUAAAUGCACGUCAGACUGCGUAUUCGCACCCUAUUUUCCGCCGGAGGAACCUACAAAGUUUGCGAACGUCCACCGGAUAUUCGGGGCAAGUAAUGUAAGCAAGAUCCUUCACGAAGUAGCCCCACAUCAGCGGGAAGACGCGGUUAAUUCGCUAGCUUACGAGGCGGAGGCACGACUUAAAGAUCCAGUGUAUGGCUGCGUUGGAGCGAUCUCGGUGCUCCAAAGACAGGUCUUGAGGUUGCAAAGGGAACUAGAGGAGACAAAUGCUGAUCUCAUGAGGUACGCUAGUUGUCUUGGUAGUGAAACGACGUCGGCUUAUGGUGGUCGGAGGGGUUGACUGGUCAACGGGAGUACGUUGAUUAGUCAUCA